AUGGCCAGCGACCUCACCACCCGCUUCCGUCGCGUCCUCAGCACCAAGCGCAUGAAUGAGCUCUCCACCCGUGCCGUCUCCUCACGAAGCGCCUCACCAGCUCCGCCGUCCCAAACCCCGCACUUCCACCAUCACCACCACCAACCGCACGCCCUCCCGCGCGAAUUCGGCGUCGCGCCCUCCCCGAUCUCCCACGCCUACAACGCGCCCCCUCCAUCUUACAAGUCCCUCAGCAACAUCCCUCUCAUCCCCACCGCCCCCACCGCCAACGACACCCGUUCCAUCCGCUUCAAACAUAUGCUCAUCUCCCUCUCCUCCCUCCCCACCAAAUGGGAAAACCCCGGCCUCCUCGACGAAGCCCUCCGUGUCGUCCCCCUCGAGCAGAUCUAUAACGAAGCCGAGGAAGAGUCCCAGGUCCUCCGUGCGGAAGCCGAGUCGCUCGGCCACGGCAAGAAACCUGCCUGGGGCUACCCGGACUGCGUCAUCCGCGCCCUCCUCCGCUGGUUCAAACGCAGCUUCUUCUCCUGGGUCAACAACCCGCCGUGCGGCCGCUGCGGAUGCCCUACCGUCGGCGUCGGCAUGGCGGCGCCCACGCCGGACGAGCAGGCCCGCGGCGCCAGCCAGGUCGAGCUGUAUCAGUGCUCACAGCAGCGGGAGUGCGGGGCGUACGAGCGGUUUCCGCGGUAUAGCGAUGCGUUCGUGCUGUUGCAGACGCGCCGGGGGAGGGUUGGAGAGUGGGCGAAUUGCUUUGGGAUGUUGUGUCGGGCCAUGGGGAGUCGGGUGCGGUGGGUGUGGAAUAGUGAGGACCAUGUAUGGGUCGAGGUGUUCAGCGUGCAUCGGAAACGAUGGGUGCACGUUGAUCCGUGUGAGGAGGCGUGGGAUAAACCGAAGCUCUAUACCGAAGGCUGGGGCCGCAAACUCGCCUACUGCAUCGCCUUCUCCGCCGACGGCGCCACCGACGUCACCCGGCGCUACGUGCGCAACCCCGCGAAAUUCGGCGUCGACCGCACCCGCUGCCCCGAAGCGGUCCUCCUGCACAUCAUGGACGAGAUCCGGCGUCUCCGUCGCCAGAACCUCAGCAAGGACGAGAAGUUCCGCCUGGAGGGCGAGGACAUGAAGGAAGGCCGCGAGCUGCGGCAAUACGUCGUCACGAGCAUCGCGGCAGAGGUGUGUAAGAUCGUGCCCGGGGCGGUGGAUGAGAGGGGCGCGCAGGAGGUGGAGGGGCAGAAGGUGUUGGAGGCGAGGCAGGCGGUUGAGGAGAGGGAGAGGGCCUACGAUUCACAUUUUCCUCACGCUUCGAGGCAUCCCGAGUCCUCGACAUGCUUCGGUUGGCACCCUCGACCGGUCACGUUGCAUCAUACUUCACCAUUAGCCGACGUCCCGUCCAUCGACUAG